GCGAGCAGCCCGGCCGGCGGGGUCCGCAGCGCGCCCUGCGUCCCAUGGAUAUAGCAACAGGUCCCGAGUCGCUGGAGAGGUGCUUCCCUCGCGGGCAGACGGACUGCGCCAAGAUGUUGGACGGCAUCAAGAUGGAGGAGCACGCCUUGCGCCCCGGGCCCGCCACUCUGGGGGUGCUGCUGGGCUCCGACUGCCCGCAUCCCGCCGUCUGCGAGGGCUGCCAGCGGCCCAUCUCCGACCGCUUCCUGAUGCGAGUCAACGAGUCGUCCUGGCACGAGGAGUGUUUGCAGUGCGCGGCGUGUCAGCAAGCCCUCACCACCAGCUGCUACUUCCGGGAUCGGAAACUGUACUGCAAACAAGACUACCAACAGCUCUUCGCGGCCAAGUGCAGCGGCUGCAUGGAGAAGAUCGCCCCUACAGAGUUUGUGAUGCGAGCGCUGGAGUGCGUGUACCACCUGGGCUGCUUCUGCUGCUGCGUGUGUGAGCGGCAGCUACGCAAGGGCGACGAGUUCGUGCUCAAGGAGGGCCAGCUACUGUGCAAGGGUGACUACGAGAAGGAGAAGGACCUGCUCAGCUCUGUGAGCCCCGACGAGUCCGACUCCGUGAAGAGCGAGGAUGAAGAUGGGGACAUGAAGCCGGCCAAGGGGCAGGGCAGCCAGAGCAAGGGCAGCGGGGAUGAUGGGAAGGACCCGCGGAGGCCCAAGCGACCCCGGACCAUCCUCACCACGCAGCAGCGAAGAGCCUUCAAGGCCUCCUUCGAGGUCUCGUCCAAGCCUUGCCGAAAGGUCCGAGAGACACUGGCAGCUGAGACGGGCCUCAGUGUACGUGUGGUCCAGGUCUGGUUUCAGAACCAAAGAGCAAAGAUGAAGAAGCUGGCGCGACGGCACCAGCAGCAGCAGGAGCAGCAGAACUCCCAGCGGCUGGGCCAGGGUGAGCCAGGGCCGGGACUGGGGCUGGGCCUGGGCCUGGAGGUCCUGUCCAGCCGCAUGGAGGGCAUGAUGGCCUCCUACACGCCACUGGCCCCACCGCAGCAGCAGAUCGUGGCCAUGGAGCAGAGCCCGUAUGGCAGCAGCGACCCCUUCCAGCAGGGCCUCACGCCGCCCCAAAUGCCAGGGAACGACUCCAUCUUCCAUGACAUCGACAGCGAUACCUCCUUAACCAGCCUCAGCGACUGCUUCCUCGGCUCCUCAGACGUGGGCUCCCUGCAGGCCCGCGUGGGGAACCCCAUCGACCGGCUCUACUCCAUGCAGAGUUCCUACUUCGCCUCCUGAGAGCCAGCCGGGCGCACGGACGCUUGGGCAGGGGCCUGGGGGGGACCGCCAGCCUCUGCGGCCAGCCUGGCCACCCCCGCCCUGCUCUCCGCACAGACUACAGACAGCCAUACGGUGCCCUCCCCUCGGCCGGCAGGGCCUGACCACUGCCCGUUGGGUACAGCCAGAUCGGUAGAUGGGCACAGCCUGGGCAGGGGCUGUGUCCUGCCCACAGAGACCUUGUCAUCCCCAGGGACCCAGAGCUCUCGACGGCCACUCGC